AUGAAGAGCAUUCUGAAGGUGUCUAAGCUGAAGUUGGAGAGCUCUACCCAGAGUCACUCCAUCGGGGCGGUGCGAUGGAACCUUCCUGAAGAAGACCUCCAGGCCUACAGCUCAGCCCCUACCAAACCCUCCAAGAGCUGCACCCCCUCCACAUGCCGCUUACGGCAACAUCCUCGUCAAAACGGCCUGAAGAACCUGCGCAGCCUGCAGGAGUGUGUCCGCUUCAUCAACCACUGGAAGGAGCAGGUGGCCGACGUCUGUAAGAGUGGCAGUGAUGCGAGGGAAGGCACCAGUAAAGGAGAGACCCCUGAGGAACUGAAAGACCCAAGAACAGAACGCAGUCUGGAGGAGAGCAGGAAACUCAUUCUGCUGUGGGCCAAUGAGCUCACAAGUGUCGACAAGGAGUUGAAGAAAAGCCCCUGGGUACAGGAGAGAAGUGAGAAGGUGGAGGAGGAGGAAGAAAACAGGGAUGGAGAGGAGGAUCCUAACGAGGAAGUGCAGCAGAGGAUCAUGGAGUGGGCCAAGGAGCUGCAGAGCGCCUCAGAGAGCUGUGGGGUGCAAGGCGAUGAGCUCGGCAAGGUUCUGCGUCUGCUGGGCCUGAGGAAGAAGAGACUGGUCAACCUCCUGCCCUUACUGGAGUUCAUUACCUGGUCACUGCUAAAGGAGGACUGCAAGGGUGUUAUUGCUCAUCUGUGGCUGUCAGCAAAGCAGCGCACCUGGAAUGCAGGCACUGCAAGAUACAUCCCUAACUCGGUGUGGAACUGGAUGCUCAGUGCAUCAGCUGACGUGACCCUUGACCCCAUGACCAACCACUCAUGGCUUCAGCUCUCCGACGACCACCGAAAGGUCCAGGAGGGCAUAUCCGAGUCCAACCUGCCCUUUAGUCCCCAGCGCUUUGACGCCUGGCCUGGCGUGUUGGGCUGGGAGGGAUACGCCUCUGGACGCCACUACUGGGAGGUUGAAAUAGCCAACAACGGCUACUGGCGGGUGGGCCUGACCACGGCGGGCGCCAAACGCCACGGCCGCUUCCCCAUGAGCCCCCAGAUGGGCUAUUGGACCCUGUGGCGCAGCACCCACCAAUUCUACGCCUGCACCAAGCCUGAGACGCCCCUGCCCCUGGGUCUGGUGGCCCGCCGGUUGGGGAUCUAUCUAGACUAUGAGGAAGGACAGAUCUCCUUCUACAACGCAGCAACCAAGUCACACAUCUAUACAUUUACAGACAACUUCAAGGAGAAGCUGUACCCGGUGUUUUCCCCACUGGACGGGCGCACACUCAUCACCGUCAUCUCGCCGCAUAAGGUCUCUACGUUUUGA